AUGGACCGGGCCAAGCUUUUGGCCCUGGUCGUCGCCAUCUUCAAUCUAUUCCUCAUCCUCGCCAAUAUCGCCGUCCUAGAAUUUGGGGUUGCGGGAAGAGAUUCCUUUCUCCUAACCGGCCAUUUCCUCUAUCUAAUCGUCAAUGCGUAUCUCGUGGAGCUAUUCGCGCUCCUCCUCCUCUUCUACGGCCUCUACGCGCUCAUCGUCGAGCACAGGCAGCUGAUAUUGUUAUAUUUGGUGUUGAAGCUUUUGUUCUUCGUUGAGCGGCUGGCCGCCUUCACGUUCUUGUGCUACGAGGUAGAGCGGGGACUGGUUCGGGUAAACGAAAAGCGUAUCGUCAUGGCGGCGAUGGCCACAUCGUCGGUGUACAUCGUCGUGUACGUGUUGGGGUUGUCGGCGACGUUUGUCGUCAUUUCCGACCUGAAAACGUCGACCUGUCAACCGAGCGAUAGCGGGCGAUUU